AUGGCCCGCCUCGGCGCCAUGGCGACCUCCCUGCUGCCGAUCGUCCUGGCCUGCGUCGCCCUGGCCGCCCUUGUCGACGGUCGUCAGACCCUGGUCGCCGAUUCGGGAUCUGCCGAUCGCCUCCUCUCCGCGCCGCGCAUGCUGCUGUCCAAGAAUCUGAAAGACAGCAAGAGCGCGCCGGACUGCUCGACCGAUUCCUCAGGCCCCGCGUGCAAUGACGAUCACGAUGAGGCGGGGCACGCCCAUGGGCAGGCGGGCGAAAGCGGGGAUGCCCACCAUGAGGGCGACGGCGAUGGCGACCAUGCCGAGGACAAGGAGGGUGACCACGAUGAAGGUGAACAGGGGCAUGAGCACGAGGAAGGCGAGGAGGGGCAUGAGCACGAGGAAGGUGAGGAGGGGCAUGAGCACGAGGAGGGGGAGGGGCACCAUGAGGAAGGGGAGUGGGGUUUCGGCGCCGAAGGCGAAGAGCACGACCACGAGGAGCACGACCACGGCCACGGCGGGAACUUCGUGGAGCUGCUGGGCGCGGAGCCCGCAACCAGCCACACCUUCGGGCUGGUGGGGAUCGCAGAGGGGGGCAACAUGACGCGAGCGCACAUCGUCACGCUGCUGGACGCUCUCGAGAGGUGGGUGUGCAUGUUUUGGCAAAGAGAAGCGGGCUGA